ACUAACGUUGCCAUAGUUACUGUACCUUCAUAUCCGCGUGAACGUGUGUAUGCGCACGAGCGACCAGUGGGCUGGCAGGAAGGAGGGAAGGAAGGAAGGAAGGAAUAGCGAAGGGGUGAGUGAGAAAGGCGAGAAAGGAAGGAGGGAGGGAAGGAAGGAGGGAGCGGAAUUAGUCAGUGAUAGAGGGGUGGAGAGGAGGCGAGGCGGCGGGUUGUUCUGCCGAGGUGGACGUGGCGGGUCCGGCGGAGUUAUCUACGAGUGACCGAGACGGAGCCAUGAACCGGACCACCCGCAGGUAACGUACCGCUAACGCCGCUGCUCCGCUCGGUUUCCUGCUUCUCUUCUUGCCGCUCCGCUCUGUUGUUUUUUUGACAGAUCCAUCCGCGCCGAGCCAUGCGCGCGUCUCUCUCCCUCCGCACAGAUUUCAUAAAUUUGACACAGUUGGUUUCUUUUGUUUGUUGUCGGAGCUGUCAGGUGCUGUCCCGCGGCGCUAACUCCGCCUGAUCACCGGGGAGGAGUAGCACCAGGCAGCCCGAGGACACAGCUACCCCCUCCCCCGGCUGCCUGCCUCUCAUCCCCGGCUUCACUCUCACUUUCUACCCCCCUUCUCCUUCGUGCUAACAGCAGCUAACGCUAGUUAGCUUCAGACUACAUGGGAUACAGCUACGGUGACGACAGUUACGUUAAGGCACCAAAACGACUAGUUAAGCUUAGUAAAAAAAGGAUCGUGGCUUGGAUUAAAACACUCAAGCAACGAACACGCGUUUCCUGUGUGAAAGUAUUAAAAAUAUAUUAUAUUAACCUAGAUUUUGCGGGAUUCCGCGUAAUUUUGCGUAACGUCCGGCCGUAGCUGUAUCCCUUCUGGCCACAACCGAACCCGUUAGUUAGCUUAGCAUGCUGCCAGUGUGAUAAACAAGAUGGCCACUGGCUAGCCCUACUAGCUAGAUAGACAUGGCAUCUUGCCCUGUCUUUGUAUGCCACUAAAGCGCGUUUAAAUACAUGUUCCUCCCCUGUCAUGCGGAGUUUUCACCCCGAGAGGAAGAACAGCCGACACGGAGGGCUCCCCGCUGAUAAAAGCGGACGACGCGGUGUUAUUUUGGGGGAAAUCACCGCCAGAUUCUUUCAGUCGGUUUGGUGCGGAGGCUGCGUGGCGAGUUGAAAAGGCUACCUGAGUGUUUGAAGAGACAGGCUGGUCCCAGUCAGGCGUGGGUGGUGAAAUCACAGAGGAGACGCACUCAGGGACACGCCCCCCCACCGCCAAGCCCCGCCCCCCCCUUAGGGCCGCCGGAUUUUCCAGACACUCGGGGAAGACGGGAAGGACUUUCCAAAAGUUGAAGCAACGCGAGGCGAGGAGGCGUAGCUCCGCCCCCCUUUUGAGCAUGACAGACUUGGAGGCGGAGUGCCUGAGGCUGGAGUGCGGCUCGCCGCCAGAGCUGGCGGAGCCGCUGGCGAUGCUGGCGUGCGUGAAGAGCGAGCCGGAGGACGGCGAGCUGGAGCCCAUCGGCACGGUGGACCUGUCGGAGAUCCAGCCGCUGGCCACCGCCGAGCUGGGCCGCGACAUGAUCAAGAUGGAGAUCAGCGGCCUCGACUACAUCAAGUCGGAGCGCCACGGCCACCACGGCGACCCCCACCUGGGCCACUUCCACCACGGCGACACCGCCGAGCUGGACUACAAGUCUCAGUACGAGCCCAGCUCCGUGUUUGACUACAUCUCCCAGGUGACGGACACUCUGGAGUACAUCAAGUCGGACCACCACGUGGACCUGCAGUGUUACUACGCCACCGAGCUGAGCGCGCUCAAGUGCGAGUACUCCGACUCCAACGCCAUGUCGGCGCCCAACGGCCUGGAGUCGAUCCACAUGGCCGAGCUGCGCACCGAGCUCAACAAGCUGCGGCCCGACGCCCUGCUGAUGGACCCCGGCGGCGCCAAACUGGAGCCGGAGUUCGGAGCGGCGGCGCUGUACGAGCUGCAGCCGGCCGUGGACGGCAAGACGCCGGCGGAGGGAGGGAGCGAAGCAGGAGGGAGCGUGCUCACGGGGAAAACGGCGAGCCCGACGGUGAGGAAGCCUCGCAACAUGCAGGGCGAGAAGCCGUUCUCGUGCACGCAGUGCGGCAAGAACUUCAGCACGCUGGGGAACCUGAAAACGCACCAGCGCAUCCACACGGGCGAGCGGCCCUACACCUGCUCGCAGUGCGGCAAGAGCUUCGGCCAGGCGGGGAACCUGAAGCGCCACCAGCUGAUCCACACGGGCCAGAAGCCGUACGUGUGCGCCCACUGCCCCAAGGGCUUCACCAAAGCCGACGACCUGCGCUCGCACCAGCGGCUGCACACCGGCGAGCGCCCGUUCAUCUGCGCCGCCUGCGGGAAGAGCUUCGGCCAGUCGAAGGAGCUGAAGGCGCACCAGCUGAGCCACACGGGCGAGCGGCCGUACUGCUGCCCGCACUGCGGCAAGAGCUUCACCAAGGAGGCGAGCUACCGCAACCACGUGCAGAUCCACACGGGCGAGAAGCCCUUCACCUGCUCGCAGUGCGGCAAGACUUUCAGCAACUCGGGCGUGCUGAAAACCCACGAGAAGAUCCAUUCGGGCGAGCGGCCGUUCGGCUGCACGCAGUGCGGGAAGAGCUUCGGCCGCCUCGGACACCUGAAGGCGCACCAGCAGAUUCACACGGGCGAGCGGCCGUACGCUUGCCCGCACUGCGCCAAGACUUUCAGCCAGUCGGGCCACCUCAAAGCACACGAGCAGAUUCACAAGCGGGAGCGGGCGGACUCGGCGAGCGGCGGCAGCAGCAGCAGCAGCAGCAGCAGCAGCAGCACGGUGGGCAGCGACAGCAGCUGAAAUCAAACUCUUGCAUUACAAGGGGGGGGUGUAAGUUAGAGAUGGUCCGAUACCAUUUCUUCCUUACCGAUGCCGACACCUGAACUUGCGUGUCGUAUACCGAGUAUAGAUCCAAUACCAGUGUGUUAUAAAAUACAUAUGUUUUCAGGUAAAGGUACUUUAUUGCCACAUACAUGUAGCGAAAUUCAUUCUCUACAUUUAACCCAUCCCUUAAAGGGAGCAGUGGGCAGCCAAUCACAGCGCCCGGCGGACCAACUCCAGACCUGAGCCAGUGCCUUGCUCAAGGGCACUGGCUGGAGAACCUAGUACAUGUUUUUUGAUGGUGGGGGAAACCUAUGCAGAUGUUAUACCCUGACUAGGGGAAGAAAUAACUUGAGUUAAAACAAUACUAAGACUGUUCAGCUCUCAAGUCAGUAGUUUAAUGACUGAGACGCUGGCCAAGAGCUCCCCCUACAGGCUGCACAACGGAAGUGAUGUAACUGGCUACUUUCAAAGAAAGAACAACAUAAACACUCAUAACAUUGCAUCUAACGUUACUUUGAAGUGCAUUAUUUUAUACUUUAUGUAUAGUAUCUACAACACAAACAUGGGGAGAACAUACUAACUUCACACAGAAAGGCCUGGAUUCCAACCUUCUUGUUGUGAGACCACAGUGCUAUACUGUAUACUGUACACUAAUGUAUACUACUAUCCCUGUAUGCAGGGUUCCAAAUUAG